UACUUUCCGCUUUUGAUUGUAAACCCAAAACAAGUCCGAGUCGGACUCGGACUCAACUCAUGUCUCUCUCACGUUCGAAUCUUUUUGUUUUUGUUUUUGUUUUUCGGUCUAACAUAACUCAACAGAAUCCUCUUCCUCAGUCAAGCAUCUCAGGCUCUCUCUCUCUCUCUCUCUCUCUCUCCGCCGCGAUGCCUCACUUUCAGUCCCUCGCCUAACCCUUCCGAACCAAGUCAGCCGAUCUUCUCAAUCCCCUCCCUCACACUCUAAUUGAUCAGUGUCUCAGUCUCAGAGAUUUGGUAAGCCUGUUCAACAAUUUUUAAAUUAAUUUUUAUCUUUCUUCACAUAAUUUGUUUUAAAAUUUAUAUAUGGAUAUAACGAGGCCUCGAAUUGCUAACGGGUGGUGUGCUUGCUGCUUUCGUGGUGAUUAUGGAUCAAUCUGACUCAGUCCCAAUGGUGUUUGAGUGCAACUUGGGAAAGCGACGCAGAUGUUGUGAAGGAAAGAAUGAGGGAAAAAAAGGUGUGUACAACUCGUUGGACAGAAUUAGUGCGAUGCCAGAUGAAAUUCUUGUCAGUAUAUUGUCUCUCUUGCCACUAAAGGAAGCCGCAGCUACUAGUAUCCUUUCUAGACGUUGGCAGUAUGUGUGGAUGUCCACUAUGGUUCUCAACUUUGAUGCUAACUUUGAUGUUGGUAGCAAUAUCUGCCGCUUCGGAGCCCUCAAACGAAAAUUAAGAGACCUGGAAAGUGGUAGAUAUGUCAAUUGGGUGAAUCGUGUGGUGGAACAACAUAGAGGCCCAAACAUUGAGGAAUUCAGUGUUUGCUUUCAACUAAAUGAUCGGUUUACAAGUUCCAUUGACAAAUGGAUUCAGUUUGCAAUUGAAAAGGGAGUUACAACACUCGUGUUGAAGUUUUUUUCACAAUUGGACAGUGCUUCAUUAAAUUUCUAUGCGUUUCCCCACAAACUAUUAGGUCUCGAAAAGAAGUGCUUGUAUUCUUACAUUCCAAGUCUACGCCCCUGUGGAUACAAAGUUGGAUUUCAGUCCCUCAAAGUUCUUCAUUUCCAAUGGGUUGAUGUUACUGAUGAAGUUCUUGAAUACUUCUUGUCCAACUGUGCAGUUCUUGAACGGGUAACUGUGUACGGAACAAAAAGUUUGGUUAAUUUAAGAGUUGUUCGUCCAUCGGCUGCAUUGAAGCAUUUAGCUAUAGGAGCUUGUCUUGGCCUUCAAGGCAUAGAGAUUUGUGAGGCAAACCUUGUUUCAUUUAAAUAUGACGGAAGUGUGAUAAACCUGCUUCUCACUAAUGUACCAUUGCUUGUAGAGGUGUCCAUUUCCUAUAUUUCCAACCCCCGUGCAUUCAUAGAGCUUUUCUCUAGCAAACUUUCAUGCUGCCUUUCGCAACUGGAGAUUCUCAUGCUGAAAAUCACUAGAGCGGAUUAUAAUCCGAAACAUGUGUUUCCUAUGCUGGCAAAUCUCAAGCAUUUGGAAUUAAUAGUUCAUGCAGAUUACCGUCUGGCUCUUCAUCAUUUAACUUCUUUUCUAAAAGCAUCUCCUUUCCUGCAAAGACUUGUGUUGAAGUUGGAUUUCAUUGUAUCCCUGGAGGACAUAGAAAAAAUAAAGAAAGCUGCGAAAUGCCCCCAUCAUUACCUCAAGGUAGUAGAAAUAGUCGGGUAUCGUGCGCGUGCAUCUGCUGUUGAUCAUAUCUUGUUCUUAAUAAAGAGUGCUACUGCAUUAGAGAAAAUUGUUAUUGAUCCUCUCCGACGUUGGGCGUAUCCCUAUGAACCGGGUAGUGAAGAACUCUCUGAUGUGGCAGAGGCAAGAGAGCACGCUGUGCAACUCAUUAAAACAAAACUGCCUUCAACUGUUGAAUUUGUAUGCCUGUAGUUAGUACAGUGCUUAAAUUAUAUCGAGAUCGUGCAAGGCUUAAAUUAUAGGGAGUUUCACUAAAAUACCCAAAAUGGGGGCUGAAAUUAUAAAAA